CCUCCACGUCAUCGCCACCGCGGCUUGACACACACUGCCCGCCACUGCCUCCUCACCAUCCUAUCUCGUCUCGUCUCCUUCUCAUCCAAUCUCAAUCUCACCAACCCGACCUACAGUAGCAGAAUCCAUUAUAAUUCCGCAGUAAUCCGCACGGCUCCAACUCUCGAUCGCGAGCUGUUGUUGUUUUGGUGGAAGAAUCGGUCCGUGCGUGAUUUGAUCCAUGGCGGUGUCGUCGUCGUCGCUGCUGCUCCGCCGCGGAGCCACCGGCGGCGCCGGGAGACGGUGGGGUCCGGGGGAGGCGUUGCGGAGGCUGGUGUCGUCGUCGGAGGCGGCGCCGGCGGAGAAGGUUCCGGCGCGGUCGCCGCCGGUGAUGCCGCCGUUCGAGCACCGGCCCAGGCCGUACGCCGGGUGGAGCGGCGAUGAGAUCCUCGCGAAGAGGAAGCAGUUUCUUGGAUCGUCUGUGUUCUACUACUACCAGAAGCCGCUGAACAUUGUGGAAGGGAAGAUGCAGUAUCUGUACGAUGAGAAUGGGAAGAGAUACCUCGAUUGCUUCGGAGGCAUCGUGACAGUUUCAUGCGGCCAUUGCCAUCCGGAUAUCGUGAACGCUGUGGUGGAGCAGACCAAGCUGCUCCAGCACACGACCACCAUAUAUUUGAAUCAACCCAUCGUCGAGUUUGCAGAAGCGCUCGCGUCCAAGAUGCCAGGAAAUCUCAAGGUGGUGUAUUUUGUGAAUUCUGGGACUGAAGCGAAUGAACUGGCGAUGCUGAUGGCUCGGCUGUACAGUGGGAAUCUCAAUAUGAUUGCAUUGAGAAAUGCUUAUCAUGGUGGUAGUGCUGGAACAAUAGGAUUGACGGGUUUGCAGACGUGGAAGUACCCAAUCCCUCAGGGCGAAAUACAUCAUGUCAUGAACCCUGAUCCUUACCGUGGAACUUUCGGUUCUGAUGCUGUAGCUUAUGCCAAGGAAGUCGAAGAACAAAUAAAUUAUGGUACCUCCGGAAGGGUUGCGGGUUUCAUUGCUGAAACUUUCCAAGGCGUGGGAGGUGCAGUUGAACUAGCUCCUGGAUAUUUAAAGUUAGCUUAUGACACUGUCCGGAAGGCUGGUGGUGUUUGUAUAGCUGAUGAAGUCCAGAGUGGAUUUGGUCGAACUGGAAGUCACUAUUGGGGAUUUCAGACGCAAGAUGUUAUUCCUGACAUUGUAACAAUGGCAAAGGGAAUUGGAAAUGGUCUACCAUUGGGGGCAGUUGUAACAACACCCGAGAUUGCAAAUGUGCUGGCGCAAAAAAUCCAAUUUAACACAUUUGGUGGAAACCCUGUUUGCUCCGUUGGUGGACUUGCUGUGCUCAAGGUUCUUGACAAGGAGAAACGCCAGGCACAUUGUGCUGAUGUUGGAUCUCAUUUGGUGAAUCGUCUAAAAGAGCUCCAGCAAAAGCAUGAAAUCAUUGGAGAUGUUAGAGGGAGGGGAUUGAUGCUUGGGGUGGAGCUUGUUACCGAUAGGAAGGAGAAGACACCUGCCAAGGCCGAGACCAAUUUAUUGUUUGAGAAACUCAAGGAUCUCAACAUUUUAGUUGGAAAAGGUGGUCUGCAUGGUAAUGUCUUCAGGAUAAAACCACCAAUGUGCUUUACAAGGGAUGAUGCAGAUUACCUGGUGGAUGCCAUGGACUAUGCAAUGUCAGGGCUCUGAGAGCUGCACCCUGAAUACCAAAGCCGUCUGCCAUCCUCAACGCAAGAAGAUUCAUGUCAUGAUGCUACCGGUAGCCCAGCCAACUCUUUCCAUGUACAUGCUUCCAGUUCCAGUUGAUGUGUUGUGUAACGGUGGCAGAACCAUGUAGGUGUGGAAAUCCCAAGAAUAAGAUGGAAGGAAAGGACCAUGUAGGUGUGGCUUUCCCAUUGUAAAAGUGGCAGUUCUGCAACAGUGAGAAGGCCAUGGGUGAUUGUAAGCAGUGUUGGCCUUAGGGGCAACAUGUGUAUCCAAAAGAAAAACUAAUAAAUGUAUGCUUGUUGUGCACCAAGAUAUAUGCUUGCUGUGCACCAAGAUAUGGUUUUGCAGACUGCA